AUGAACACUGCAAGUACCGGGACUGCGGUCCACGAAGGAACAAAGCGCCCCGGAGACCACGACGGCGCCAGGCGGGGAUCCAUCCCUGACAACCACCACUACAGCCACCAGUACCAUCAAGGAAGUCACCAGUCCGGCUCCCUGACCACCCCUGCCCCUUCCCCCCAUGGUCGGCCCUCCUCGGCCUCCUCUGCCGACUACCCCCCUCAACCACCCUCGUCCUCAAUUACCCCAGACCACCACCAGCAGCCCUCGUCCUAUCAGCAGCAACGUUACUCCAACGGUCACCCCACAAGUGCCCCUUCUCCUGACCAUCAUUAUAACAAGGACCAACACUACCCCUCACAGCCAUACCCUUCUCAGCAAACUGCUCCCCCUUCUUCACAGCUCACCCCCUCUCCUCCUUUGCCCUCGCCCGCUGACGGCUUCCAAGGGCGCCCUCUUCCGCCAAUUGAACCUUCUCACCCUCUCCACUCUUAUAUGAGCAACUCUCGUCGCGGCUCUGUCACCGACCCCGCCGAUUACCAUACUUCUGCUCCCGAUGUUCACAAGCGGUCGUCUAUCUCUGCCAUGGACAGCUCCUCCUUCUACAACAGUAACGGUAACAGUAACGGUAACAGCAACACCAACGGUAGUAGUGGCCCCGGUGGCCAAGAGUCUAGACUCUAUACCAACUCGUCGCCUUCAUCCGUUGCCCCGUCCAACUCGGAGCCUCAUUAUCCUCCCUACCCCCAUCCGUCGACCUCUCCCAUGCAACUUCGCCAAUCCGAGCAUGUUUCGGGCCGUCGAGAGUCCCUCCCCUCGAUUCACAGCAGUGCCGGCCCUCUUGGCCAGCUCCUUGCGCAGGAACCACAACGGCGCCACUCUAUCGCCCAUGGUGACCAGAUGAUAGGCCCUCUCAAGCGGAAAACAUCCUCCACCCCUCUGUCACAGAUGCACUCGUCCAGCGAACUCGAACACCCUGCAAAACGUCGAGACUCUAUCCCCGACGCAGCUCACCCACUCCACCAUCAUCACCAUCCUUACCCACCCAGAAGCUCAUUCUCGGCGCCAUCAAGUCCGCCUCGACGGGGUUCGAAUGCAAUGAUACAUGGUGCUGUCCCCACUCUCAACCUGCAGCCUGCUGCCGAGAUCAAGUCGUCCAUGACGCCUUCCUCUUCUGCCUCUGCCUUGCAUAACGGACCUGGUGGACCCUUGGUCAUGGACCAUGUCCGUCCUCAUUUCCCGCUCCACCAACCCCGUCGACCCUCGCUCCUAUCUGAUGCUAGUCUCUCCAGACGUUCCUCGGUCGCCGACAACCAUCACUACCCAUCGCACUACCAACCCUCUUCGUCGUCUUCACACAACCAGGAUUACGACCACAACAUGGACAUGGACAUGGAGAGGAUGCACCUCCACGGACCACCAGACCACCCUCAACAGCAGCCACCAGCACCUUUAGGCCCUGGUGGCCAGCCCGGCAGCCAUUUGUAUCCGGGGUACCCCGCAGGCUACCCUGGUGGAGAAAAUGGGCACAAGGGCGAUACGCCGUAUUCUCGAUCGCCUGAGCUCAGGGUAUCUCACAAGCUGGCGGAGCGUAAGCGCCGCAAGGAGAUGAAGGAGCUCUUCGAUGAGCUCCGCGACGCCCUGCCUGUCGACCGCAGUUUGAAGACCAGCAAGUGGGAAAUUCUGAGCAAAGCGGUGGAUUAUAUCUCUGGAAUGAGGGAGAACCAUGAGGCGAUGAACAAGGAGAUAGAUAUGCUGAGACAAGAAGUCGCUCGACUCAAGAACCUCUGA